AAUCUUGCCCAUGUGCCUAGCACAGUAAGCUCGUGUUUCUGUGUAGUGUAGCUCACAGGUAGGGAGCUCAGGCAGCCCCCAUCCAUCCUCUGUGUGAAUGCAGAGACCUCUGUGACAGCACAAUUAAGAGGUGCCUAACACAUUCCUCUACAAACUGCAAAAUGCAGCGCCCUGAAUACCAAGCAGGACAGCUUCUAAAGUGACCACUGAUGACCUACGGUAUGCUGGUUCGUUGGUUCGUGUGGUAAGCUUGUGGUGAAUUUCCUGGAAGGCUGGGGUGAAUCGACUUGAAAGAUGGGACCGUGGAUGACCCUCACGCUUGUGUGACAUACUUUGACGCUGUCCUCCUUAGGAACACAGGGAGAAAAUGCCGAGACUGGUGGCUACAGAUGUCUUCAAUUCCAAAAACCUGGCCGUUCAGGCACAAAAGAAGAUCCUGGGCAAAAUGGUAUCCAAAUCCAUCGCCACCACGCUGAUCGACGACACCAGCAGCGAGGUGCUAGAUGAGCUGUACAGGGUGACCAAGGAGUACACCCAGAACAAGAAGGAGGCGGAGAGGGUCAUCAAGAACCUCAUCAAGACGGUCAUCAAGCUGGCCGUCCUCCACAGGAACAAUCAGUUCAAUCAAGACGAGCUGGCGCUCAUGGAGAAGUUCAAGAAGAAGGUGCACCAGCUUGCCAUGACGGUCGUCAGCUUCCACCAGGUAGAGUACACCUUCGACCGCAAUGUGCUGUCCAGGCUGCUGAACGAGUGCCGAGAGCUCCUACACGAGAUCAUUCAGCGCCACCUUACCGCCAAGUCUCACGGACGGGUUAAUAAUGUCUUUGACCAUUUUUCAGAUUGUGAUUUUUUGGCUGCCUUGUACAAUCCCUUUGGAAAGUUUAAACCUCACUUACAGAAACUUUGCGACGGCAUCAACAAAAUGUUAGAUGAAGAGAACAUAUGAGCUUGCGAAGUAAGAUUGUGACCAGCAGCGAGUUAGGUGAAGUCCAGCACCGAUGACUUGUAAAGGGAAGACGGAGACUCUUUUAUCAAUCACAUGUAUUUCAGAAAGGCUUGGCCCCCAUAUGACCUGUUAUUGUUGUUGGACAUUAAUAGUAGUACUUCUGUGUGGCUUGUUGUAUUUGAAAGGAAAAAAAAAAGUGUAUUGCCAAAAAUUCUGGCUGCAAACGUCUUAAUGAUUGGCAAGAUGUGAGAAAAACGGAUAGUUGGUCAUUCAGAUGUCAAGGGAUACAAAGACAGAUGAGUGUGGCCCCAAGCGCUGGCACUUCUUGUGUUUUAGGGAAAUCAUGUUGGUGGCACGUUGGAUAUUUCUAAUAUGUAUAAAGCCGUGUAUCUUGACUCACCUUGAUCCUUUGCUACGUCUGUGUAUCUCUCUUACAAUGUCGAGAGCCUCUCUUUGCUGUCAUUGAUCCUUUUGAAACAACUCUGCUUCUUUGGUUACAGAUCGUCAUUGACCUUCAGGAGUUAAAUUUGAGGCAGUCAAACCGAAUGCUCAGGAAAGCAAAAAAAACUGUGCAUCUGAAAUCAUGACUGUGGGAGUGAACAAUCUUAGACAUCAUGAGCAGUGUCCAUUGCAAGAGUGUGUUUUUGAAGCUGACUUCUACCUUUUAGUACUAUCAGUGAUACUUAGAGUCUCAGAGCUAGUGGCAUGAUAUUGCCUUGAAAUAUCUGCUUAGGGCAUAACUUUGAUGUCAUCUUGAACAUGUACUGACAUGUUCCCGUAUUAACAUCUAUUUCACCUGUAGGAAGAAUAAAUCUCUAGAUUGGCUUUGAUAUUGAGACAAUAAAAUGUAAGUAGCGUUUCAAAAAGAAAAACUUCUUGAAUUUAAAGAUGAAUUCAUCAGACUGAUUUAUGGGUGAAAGGAUAGAAAGGACGUUGCUAAGUAACAUAAGAAAGAUGCAUGUAUUUCAGUGUGUAACAGGGAUUGAUGAAUAAAAGAUGCCAUUUUUUAUUUAACGACUCGGGAUUUAGAUUGUGUUAUUUGGUUUUUCAACGAGUAGACUGAUGACCGUGUCUGUCUUCGGUGCUUGGUGUGCCAUUUCUGUAUAAUUUUUGGUGUGUGGAUAAUGAAGUAGACCCUUGCUUAUUGUGUAAAAGAGCUAGAAGCCAUCUGGGAAGUAACAGACCCAACCACUGGCCCUAAACAUUGGAAUUGCCACCAAACCUGUCAUUUACCUACCUCAAGAACAUUGACUGAAAAUCUACCAGCAAAGAUCCCACAAGUGAAAAUUCUCAAAGUUAAGAUCCGCUUUGACCCAUCAUAGCUUAGAAGGAAGUGGUCAGGUUUCUCUGAGACCCAGCUUUCUCAGUAAAGAUAAACAGCAAUGGCAAAAAUUACCUAUGCAGGUGUGAUGUCAUAUUGAUUUGAGCUGGAAAGUAUAAUUCUUCCCUCCGGGAGCCUCUGGAUGAUCCUAGAGGUGAUAACACUAGUGUAAUGGCUGCAUUACUGAGGAUUGGACUUCCUAAGUGCUAAACGGCUCAGAAACAGAGCUCAGCAGCCUUCCUUAACCAACAUCAGGGAAGCUAAGAGUGUGCUCUCAUGGGAGCCACUGGUCUGACUCACUCUGCUCUACCAGUCCUUGUGCAGCAAAAGCACAGAUACUGAAGCUUCUCAGGAAUUUUUAGCUCAGGACGUGACCGACAAAACUGAAGACCUUGGGAGAAAUUGAGAGACGUCCGCACAUUUGAGUCAUACUGAUGGACCUGUAGGUAGCAACACUAUGCACAUGAUGCGGACAGUGGUAGCACCCCUUAGUUUUGUAUGCCAGAGUCCUCCUUAGGGUUAUCGUUGCUGUGAUGAAACACCAUGACCAAAAACCAAGUUGAAGAGGGAAGGGUCUCUUCUUCUUACAGUUCUAUAUAAAAGUUCAUCAUCAAAAGCAGUAAGGGUAGCAACUCAAACAGUCCAGGAACCUAGAGGCAGGAGCUGAUGCACAGGCCACAGAGGGGUGAUGCUUACUGGCUUGCUCCCCACGGUUUGCCCAGCCUGCUUGCUUAUGGAACCUAGGACCACCAGCCCAGGGAGUGGCCCCGUCCACAAUGGUCUGAAUCACUAAUUGUGAAAUGCCCUACAGGCAUGCCUACAGCCCGAUCUUAUGGAGACAUUUUCUCAAUUGAGGCGCCCUAAUCUCUGAUGACUGUAGCUUGUGUAAACUGAUAUAAAACUAGCCAACAUACCCAGGAAGGCAUAAAAAAAGAAUAUGUGGAAAGUUAGUUCAAGAACACCCUGUAGAUGUCAAACUCUGCUUAUCGGUAGAUGUCCCUUAUAGAAAAUGGCAUAUUGUAUUUGUAUCUAGCCUGCCUGUAUAUCUUUCUAUAUUUACAAGUCUCAAGAAUUGUAACUUAUAACACAUAAUACAAUGUAAUUGCUGAUUUGGGGGAAAAGGGUGUUUUGCUUAUGGAAUAA